GUUCAUUUCAUAUUUUUCAAAUGAAGGCUGUUUCUGUUAUACUUCCUUUGCUUUGGUUUCUCUUCGCAUCCGCCGUAUUGGGAUGCAAUCACAUCGAAAGGGAAGCUCUUUUGAAUUUCAAAGACGGACUUAUAGAUCCUUCGGACCGACUAGCUUCUUGGGCUGCUAAUGACGCGGAGUGCUGCAGAUGGUUCGGAGUCGUUUGUGAUAACUCGACUGCCCAUGUCACGGAGCUCCAUCUCAGAAUUCUUUCUUCGGAAGAGUUUAGUUCCUCCGCUGCUGGCGUGGGCUACUAUUUCUAUGAUGUGUAUUUCGACAUGACUUCUUUUGGAGGUAAGCUUAGCGAGUCUUUGCUCGACUUGAAGCAUUUGAAUUAUCUCGAUUUAAGCAACAACAAUUUCGAAGGAGUUGAGAUUCCGAAGUUCCUUGGCUCCAUGGAGAGUUUAAGAUAUCUUAACCUCUCCAAUGCAGGAUUUGGAGGAACAAUUCCUCAUCAAUUGGGAAAUCUUACAACUUUGCAAUAUCUUAAUCUAAAACAAGAAGUUUCUUUGAAUGUUGACAGUUUGCAUUGGCUUUCUAGUCUUAGAUCCCUAGAAUUCCUCGACUUGAGUGGCACGAAUCUUAGUCGAGCAGUUAAUUGGUUAGAUGAGUUAAACACAAUGCCUUCACUAGUUGAAUUGCAUUUAUCAGCAUGUGUGUUUGAUGAUUCCAUACCUCUGCUUCCUAAUGUCAACUUUUCAUCCCUUGCCAUUCUUGAUUUGUCAAACAAUUACUACCCUCAAGUUCCGAGUUGGGUUUUUCGUCUUCCGACUCUGUCUUCUCUUGAUCUUUCGGGGAAUAGUUUUGAUGGGUCACUUCCUAUUCGUUUUCAGAACAUAACCACUCUAACAGAACUUUACUUAUCCAGAUGCAACCUUAAUUCUUCCAUAUUCAACUUGCUACAUGGUUUUACACAUCUUCAGGUUCUACACCUUGACUCCAAUUAUCAAUUACAAGGUUUAAUUCCAAGUGCCAUCGGAAAUUUGACUUCCCUCGGUAGUCUUGAUUUGUCGGGUUGUUCUCUUGAAGGAGAAAUUCCAAGCGACAUCGGAAAUUUGACUUCCCUCAAAUUCCUUGACUUAUCACAGAACAGAUUUUCAGGAGGAAUACCAAGUGCCAUUUCAGAUUUGGAUUCUCUCACCAGCCUUGACAUGUCGGAUAACGAUCUUGAAGGAGAAAUUCCAACCGAAUUCAGAAAUCUUUGCAAUUUGAGGUCCCUUAAACUGUCAAAAACCAAACUGAGCCAAGAUAUAAACGAGGUCUUCGAAAUUCUAUCGGAAUGUGGUUCUGACAAACUUGAGUCAUUGAUUCUGCCAUCUACUCAACUAUCAGGUCAGUUAUCGGACGAUCUACUGAAAUUUAAGAAUCUAGCUUACUUAGAUCUUAAUGAUAAUUUGAUCGCUGGUACAAUUCCAGAGAACUUAGGAGAGUUGAAUUCCUUGAUAAAAUUAGACCUUGGGAAGAACAAACUGAAUGGGACUGUCUCGGUAGGUUUCGGGAUGCUGGCUAAGUUAGCAGAUGUAGAUAUUUCUGAUAAUUCAUUGGCAGGUGAAAUUUCUGAACUUCACUUUGCAAACCUCACAAAUUUGGUAAGUUUUGUGGCAUCCGGUAAUCGGCUGAUCCUGAGAGUUAGUCCUGAUUGGUUUCCUCCUUUUCAACUUAUUUCAACCAUAAAAAUGGGAUCCUGGCAAGUUGGUCCUGACUUCCCCACUUGGAUUCAAUCCCUGAAAUAUCUAGCAUAUCUCGACUUUUCUAACUCGAAAAUUUCUAGUACCCUUCCCGUCUGGUUCAAUGACUUUUCUUCCAGACUUUAUCAAUAUACUUUAUCUCAUAACCAAAUGCAUGGAAGCAUUCCCUAUUUAACCAUAGAUGAUUCUGAUUACUCAUUGAUUGACUUGAGUUCAAAUUUUUUUGAGGGUCCUAUGCCAUCAAUCUUUUCCAAUCCAUUUGGGCUAGAUCUUUCAAACAACUCGUUUUCUGGAUCAAUAACUACCUUUUUAUGCAACAAAUCGAGGACUAUAGACGUUCUUAACCUGGGAGAAAAUAUGUUUUCAGGAGAUAUAUCAGAUUGUUGGAUGAACUGGGGUUAUGUAAGUGUGAUAAGAUUAAGCAACAAUAAAUUCAGGGGAAACAUUCCAGAGUCCAUCGGAACUUUAAGUUCCCUCCAGAUAUUGAAUCUUCGGAACAACAAUCUUUCUGGAGCAAUACCAGUUUCACUCGAGAAUUGCACACGAAUAAAUGUAUUUGACUUGAGUGAAAAUGAAAUGAGUGGUGAGAUUCCUACUUGGAUAGGGCAACAACUUCAACAUACUAGUAUUCUCAAUCUUCGAGGAAAUAAGUUUCACGGACUCAUACCUAAAGAGAUCUGCAAUAUGGCUAAUUUACAGAUCUUGGACUUUGCAGAAAACAAACUCAAUGGUACCAUACCGAAAUGUAUUAAUAAUUUGACAGCAAUGAUCAGUGGAACAAGUGGUCUGGAUGACGGGACUAUCUCUUCGGCUUAUGGUCCUACAUUGACAUAUAAGGAGAGUUCCUCAAUUGUCAGAAAUGGAAGAAUAUUCGAAUACAGCACCAUUCUCAAUUUCGUCAGGAGUCUAGACCUUUCAAAUAACAAACUAUCGGGAGAGAUUCCUGAUGAAAUUACAACACUUGUAUCAUUACAAGCUCUAAAUUUGUCACACAAUUUUUUGAAAGGGAGAAUUCCUAAGGAUAUAGGUGCUAUGAAGGGCAUAGAAUCUCUCGAUUUCUCUCAAAACCAGCUAUCUGGUGAAAUUCCACCAAGCAUGUCAAGUUUGACAUUUCUGAGUAAUUUGAACUUGUCCUACAACAAAUUAUCAGGAAGAAUUCCUUCAAGCACCCAAUUGCGAGGUUUGGAUUCAUCUAGUUUCAGGGGCAACGAGAACCUCUGUGGGCCUCCUCUCACUCAGAACUGCAGCGGUGAUGAUCAUGCAAAGCCUGACAAUAUUGAGAAAGAAGCAACAGAAGAUGAUUGGAAUGAACCUGAAGGAGCAGUGGACUGGUCUUACUUCUAUAUAAGCGUUGCGCCUGGAUUUGUGAUAGGGUUCUGGGGAGUAAUAGGUCCUCUGCUGUUUAAGAAAAGAUGGAGACAUUCGUACUUCAUCUUUCUGAAUGAAUUGGGGAACAGAAUUUCUAGAUCAGUCAGAUGACGAAUAAGCUGCUUGGAAGUUUUAACUGUUGUAAAUCUAUUGCAAGAGUGUUUUUUGAUGGUCUCGCAAUUGUUGUAUGGCAAUGAAGUGCAUUCAAAUUUGCAUAAA